UUCACAUCAACUCCGCCCAAUCCAAUACGCAACUCAACUUCAUUCACCUCAACUCCAUACACCUCAACUUCAUUCACAUCAACUCCGCCCAAUCCAAUACGCAACUCAACUUCAUUCACCUCAACUCCACCCAAUCCAAUACCUAACUCAACUCCACCCAAUCCAAUACGCAACUCAACUUCACCCAAUUUAAUGCAAGAGCGACUUAAAUACUUCUCGGCCCCCUUACAACAACAGGCGGCUGAAUUAGCUAAAUCGGAUACUCAUCCUAACUGCCAAGCAGUUACAACCCAAGCCAUAGCUACUGUUAAUGAACUAGUACAGCUACUGGCUAAGGCUGAAAAACGGGCACUUAAAGCCCAAAAGAGUGCUUCUAAACACCAACAAGCGUUCAUUGAUCUUCAAACCCAAUUUAUUGAAUACACUAAAUCGGCUCAAGAUAAGCUUUUAGCCGCCCAGAAAGACCGAGAAGUCCUUCAGGACCAACUUCUAUCCCGCCUAGAAAAACAAAGGUCCAAAUCCGAACAGACUAUUAAUUCACAAGCCCAGCAAAUUCAAGAGCUACACCUGGAUUUAGCAACUGCCCUCCAGGAUAAACUCGCUGCUUUACAAGAAAUUGCUGAUCUGAAACAAAACAACACCCAAUCUUCUUCCAACUCUCUCUUAUCCUCAGCUGCCACUCCAAUUCCAACCCCAUCAACCAACUCAUCUAUACCCCUGCCACCACGACCUCUACCUUCUAUCUCACUUCCCAAUGACCUACUAGACAACUCAUUCCUGCACGAUCUUGACUACUCCAGCCGCCAUAACUCUUCUUCUUCCUCUUCUUUCAAUACUAUGGCACCCCCUUCCAUCAUUGGCACUUCAUCCCUACGCAAAGGCGUUCUUCCCUUCACCCAAUCCGUCCUACCCAGCUACUUAACCACUCCUCUCAUUAAUACCUCCUCCCAAGUAACUCCCAUAACCACCCCUACACCCACCUCACCACCGCCUACUACCACUCAAUCUACUACUAAAUCUCCCAACUCAUCUACACCCAACUCAUCUACACCCAACUCAUCUACAUCUAACUCAUCUACACCCACUUCACCACCACCUACUACCAACCCCACCUCAGACCAACCCAAUACCAUCCUAACCUCAGACCAACCUAAUACUAACACCACCUCACCCCAGCCUAGCACUACUCCGCCUAAAUUCGCAGGUAUUUCUAAAACCACUCCCCAGCCCAGUAUACCAGCUAACUCCCGCUUUUCCUUCUAUAUUAUUAGUGGCAGUUUUAAACUAGCUGUUACUGACCCAAACUUGAACGCCCUAAGACACAAAUGGACUAAUAUCUGUGAAAUUCCUUCUUCAUCACUGGGACUACUCACUCUAGUCAGUAAUGCCAAAGUUCUAGUGGCUAUCAUGAAAAAGCACGAGGCCAAACUAGCCAAACUCGUCCAAGCCUACCUAUCUAUCAAUAUCGCUAUCACUAUCACUCCAGUUUUGGAUUUUCUCCAUAUUCCCAGCUUAACUCCAAGUAAGGUCUUAAGUGCUCUCAGAAAGAAAGCUAAUCUUAUCAUUGCCUCCGAUCUUCCCUUUCUCAAACGCACACCCCUCUUUAUUUUAGCCACUAACAUCAACAAGUGCCAAACUCCCAAUGAUCUCCAGCUACUUUACAGUCUGCACCAAGUCAAACCCAAAUUUACUCCUUCCAAGCCAGCUACUACCUAA